GUCACAUCCUGUCAGGAGGAUCCAAAGUGUCACAUUGUGAGUAAUUAUCAGGCUACAUAGCCAUAAGAAUCCAUAUAUACAAGGGGUGAUGGCCUCCCUGUGGCGCAGUUACCAGCGAUUACUCUCCCUUCACCCCUGGAAGGUGCAGAUCAUUACCGCCGGGUCUUUGGUUGGGGUUGGUGAUGUGAUCUCUCAACAGCUGGUGGAAAGGAAAGGUCUCCGUGGUCACAGCUUCAAGAGGACGGUGAAGAUGAUGGGAAUAGGAUUCUGCUUUGUGGGUCCGAUAGUCGGGGGAUGGUACAAAGUCCUGGAUGGCCUUAUUCCUGGCAGCAGUAAGUCUGUGGCCGUAAAGAAGAUGCUGUUGGACCAGGGCGGCUUUGCUCCUUGCUUUCUUGGAUGCUUCCUGACCAUUGUUGGUUCACUGAAUGGACUCUCUAAAGAGGAAAUCUGGAACAAGCUGAAGCGGGAUUAUAAGGAUGCUUUAAUCGCCAACUAUUACAUAUGGCCGGCGGUGCAGAUUGCAAAUUUUUACUUCAUCCCACUGCAUUACCGGCUGGCGGUGGUGCAGGUCGUAGCCAUCAUCUGGAACUCUUACCUCUCCUGGAAGGCAAACCAGGCCUAACCCCAGAUGUCUACACUCGGGGACAGCCUCAUCUCCACUGCACGUAUAGAAUUUGACCGGAUCUGCUGGACUUCCCAUGUUGACGUCCAAUCUAAUAUAUGUGAUGUGAAGAGUAUCCGGCAACCCAACAUAUGAAGGACAUUGUUCUAGGGAUCUGUUAACUGUCUACACUCAGUGUAACUAUUGAGAUCCGUCCAUUGUCUAGAUUGUCGAUACUACCGGGAUCUGUCAAUUGUCUAGAAUCAGUAUUACUGUUGGUAGUUCCAUCAGGAUCCACCAAUUGUCUGGAUUUUCAUAACACAUUUCAUAUGCCUUAUGGAUGGAAACUUUAAAUGGUUUGUCCAGGCACACUGUCUGUAAUCUGAAAUUGGGCGUGGAGAAUGAGAUAUGGAACUCAAUGCAGGUUGCCGAGGUAACUAUCCCAUACCCAUAUUGGCAAGACUCAUGGAGUAAAAAAGUCAGGUCAACAGGUCCUCAACUUUUUAUGUUGUGAAGUAGGCACAGCACACCACUAUUAAUGGGCAUGUAGGUUAAAUUACACUUAUAGGUGCCAGCUAUCGGGAGGAGGAGGAUAGUAUGAAGCAGGUAAGUGGACUCAACAGCAGAGGGGUGUCUACAUUAAGUCACCAAAAACUUCUCAUGGUGCACAUUACAACCUUUUCGGAAGUAGGUAUCUUUUUUUUAAUUUUUUUUUAAGAUCUCUUAAAUGAACAAUGCAUUUUGGCGUACAGGACACAUUUCCCAAGUCUGAGACACCUGAGAGCUUGCCAGGAUUCUGUAGAGUGUUCUUUGUGCUCUGUCUGCAGGAUCCUGCGAGUCUCUCAGAUAUCUUUUUACAGACUCAAGAAAUGAGUUCUGUACUCCAGAACUCUUUGUUAAUUUAAGAGAUUUUAAUAAAGAAGUCAAAUCUACUUCUGAAACGGUCUUGAUUUCUGCCACAAGAUGUUUGGUGACUUGAUAUAGACCCCCCACCUACCUUUACAGUUGAGUCCACUUACCUGCUUCAUACUAUCCAACACACAGGGAGUUUCAUAGACAGGUCCUGUUAAUUUAUCAUACAUUUGAAUUAUACUUGCUGAACACUGGCCAGUUCCCAUGACACCCAGUGUAUAGUUGUGUCUCUCCACACCCAAUGUCAGAUUGUGAGAAUUUGUCUGGACAACUCCUUUAACUGAUGCAACCACUUCUCUGAAGGUCUGUCCAUGUGUGAUAUAUGGGCUCCUGUGCUGGUCCAGGCAACUGGAGUCCAAACUUCUGAUCCUGUUUUCUAGGAUCUGUCUCAGGAAAGUGCCUGGAAUUAUAUUUUAUCGCACAUGUAAUAAAAUGAUGCACAAAGUU